CCCGAAGCUCCUGAGAGCUCUUCUAAUGAGGGGGCGGAAGGCCAGAGACCCCCACAGACUCUGGCAGAGUCUGGAGAUUCGAGCAGUUGCUCAGCCAAGACGGAACCAUCCUCCCCUGAUGAUGUGUUCGCAGAUGAGGAGACCCCCCAGGAUGUCCCUGCAGCCUCCCAGGAGACCUCUGGGACCAGUAGCCAGGUGACCUCUGGGGCCUACCAGGAUGUCCCUGCAGCCCUCCAAAAGACCCCCGGGGCCCUCAUCCAGGAGAUCCCUGAGGCUAGCAACCAACAGAUACCUGGGGACCACCAGGAAGUCCCUGCAUCCCCCCAAAAGAAGACCGUGGCCAGCAAUGAGGAGCCCCUUGGAGCCCAUCAGGAAGACCCUGAACCCCACCAGGAGAUACCUAGGGUCAGCAACCAGGAGACCCCUGUGGCCAGCAACCAGGAGGCCCCUAAGAGAGACCAGGAAUCCCCUGUAGCCAGCGACCAAGUGAAGAUGUCAGCUCACCUGGAGCUCUGGGUCCGCCGGGCCCCAGGUGAAAAUCUGGACCUGAUGCCUCUUCCCAGUGCCAGGGUUAGCAUGUGGGAGACAGGGCUCCUGGAUUGGGGUGUCAGCCAGGAGGAAGCUUCUCUGGAGAGCCCCAUAGAGACCCCCGGACCCCAGGAAGAAGCCCUGGGACAAUUUGUGCAAGCCGGGUGCUUGCCUGCCCAGGAGGCCCCAGAGCAGGAGGAGCAGGCAGAGCAGGCCAUGAGGGUACAGGAGCCGGAGGAAGAGCAGGCUCACUGGAAGAGGCAGGCACCUGAGCAGGGGCAGGAAAGCAGGCUGGGGGCUGAGGAACUCAGAGGCCUGGCUCAGGCCCUCUGGGCUCAGGAAAAGCCAGGGACACUGGCCCAGGGCCUGAGGGAGCUGCAGGGGCCAGAGGAGAAUGGGGUGGAUGCUCUGCCCAAGGGGGUGCCUGGGGCACAGGAGGCCCAGGGCCUGGGUGAUGAGACCACUCCAGCCCCGGGGUGGAGGGAGGAAGCAGUUGCCUAUGCUGGGCAUGGGCUAGGAGCCCAGAGGGACUACGUGAAACAUGACCCCUCCACCUUGGUUCCUGGGGUGCCUCUUCCCAGUGACCUGCCCCCCAUGGCCUCUAGUCCCCUGACGUGGGCUCCUGGGGCUGGGGAUGUGUACCCUGAAGCUCUGACUCCUGAACUAGCACCACCAGGACAGGGCCACCUGCCUAUGUCCCCAACCAACCCCUUCCCCACUGAGGCAUCCCCUGAUGAGAAGGCAUCUUGGGAAGGCCCUAGAAAGGGGUCUGAGCAGGGUCUGGGGGCCAUCACAGUGGGGUCACCUCCAUGGACACCGGCAUCCCUCUGCUCAGUGGCCUCCCUGCCCGGCUGCCCAGUGGAGGAGAGCCUUCCUGCUGCCGGGUCUCUAGAAGCUUCUGCAGCCUCACUCUCUGAGGUUCUCAAGACCCCCAGGGCUGCCUGCCAUGAUCCUCCCUCCACAGAUGCCACCUGGGACCUGUGUCCCAGCACCACUGGGCUCUCCCAGCCGAGGCCCCUGGCCAGCCCCUUGGGGCCAGCCCUGCCCCUGAGAAGUAACUCCUUCCCUGGCCCCCACCACACUGAGCCCCCCAAGGACCUGGCUAGGUCACUUUCCUUCUCUCACUGGGAGCCCCCCAAAAGGCCCCCAAAACCUGCCACCUGGGGCAUUCUGACCCCACAGCAGGGCUGGAGGAGUGGGCAGGAUGCAGGCAGCAUCCUGCAUUCCAAUGGGGCAUCGCCCCUCCUGGGGAAGAGCCUGGGACUGCCCCCCACCGAGUCAGAGGGCCCAGGCACUGCCCACUCCUGGCCCAAUGAGCACAGCUCCGCCCACACCCCACACCCCCUCGCUGUCGACGGGAGGGUCCGGGAGCCCCCGUCCCCCCUGGAGAGGAGACAAGGUCCGGUCCCCACACGGCAGCGGCAUAGCCAUCCAGCCCCAGCGGCUCUCUGCCUCCGCAAGGGUCCACCUGACCACCUGACGGCAAGGCAGCUCCGGCCACUGCCGGCCACCCCGGACUCCCCCCGCGCUGUGCAGGCCUCGCUGCCCCCCAGGGCCAGAUACAACAAACCUCUGCCCCCUACGCCCAAUGUGCCCCAGCACCUGCCUUCUGCACACUCGCCCCGCAGCCUCCGGACCUACAAGCCACUGCCUCCACUGCCCACUCUGGAUACUCCCACUGAGCCGCCCCCACUGCCCCCCAAGCUCCGGAGCCGGAGCAGGAGCACUCAGGGAGCCCUGGCGAGCACCCCAGGUCAGCCAACGCCUGGGGAUCCGGAGUGGGCGGCGCCCCCUGGACCCUCUGCAGGCCGUACCUCCUGGCCCCCUGCCACAAGCCAGUCUGUGGACCCUUUGGUGACUGCCAGCCGAAGCCGGGGUGAAGUCCCCCUCACCUUGGCCUUCAGCAAUGUGACAAACCUCCUGAGCCCCCUGUCCCCACCAACCGCAGCUUGGCCCCCAGAGGACAGGGUCAGGCUCACCGGGGAGCCGGGGCCCCAGGGCCGAGCACCUGCGAGAAGAGAAGCCCAGCUGCUGUAUCAGGAGUACAGCGAUGUAUUCCUUAACAAGGAGAUCCAGAGCCAACAGCGGCUGGACAGCCUGGGCGAGGGACCUGGGCAGGCGUCCCCGCGGCAGCCCCGCAGGGCCCUGGUGUCCUCCGAGUCCUACCUGAAGCGCCUGUCCUCCGCCUCCAGCGGCUCGCUGUGGCAGGAGAUCCCCGUGGUGCGCAACAGCGCAGUGCUGCUCUCGAUGACCCACGAGGACCAGAAGCUGCAGGAGGCCAAGUUCGAGCUGAUUGUCUCAGAGGCCUCUUACCUGCGCAGCCUGCACGUGGCUGUGGACCACUUCCAGCUGUCCACUGCGCUCCGGGGCACCCUGAGCAACCAGGAGCACCAGUGGCUCUUCUCCCGCCUGCAGGACGUGUGUGACGUCAGCACCACCUUCCUCUCGGACCUGGAGGAGAACUUCGAGAACAACAUCUUCACCUUCCACGUGUGUGACGUGGUCCUAAGCCACGCCCCCCACUUCCGCCGUGUCUACCUGCCCUAUGUCACCAACCAGACAUACCAGGAGCGAACCUUCCAGAGUCUGCUGAAUAGCAACAGCCACUUCCGGGAGGUCCUGGAGAAGCUGGAGAGCGACGCCGUGUGCCAGCGCCUGUCCCUCAAGUCCUUCCUCAUCCUGCCCUUCCAGCGCAUCACCCGCCUCAAGCUGCUGCUGCAGGCUGGUGGAGUGGGGUGGGCUGUUGCACCUCAUUUCCCUCACGAGCCUGCUCUGAUCCCCGCCCCCCACCUCCAGCUGAUCCGGGACUGUAACAGUAACGCACAGAGGAUGCGCAGGACGGAAGAGCUCAUCUACCUCAGCCAGAGAAUCGCCUUUGAGUGCAGAAUCUUCCCUCUGAUCUCCCAGUCCCGUUGGCUGGUGAAGAGUGGGGAGCUGACAGCCCUCGACUUUGGCAUGACCCCAGGGCCACGGAGGAAGCUGAACACGCGACCCAUCCACCUGCACCUCUUCAAUGACUGCCUACUGCUGUCCAGGCCUCGAGAGGGCGGCCGGUUCCUGGUAUUCGAUCAUGCGCCCUUCUCCGAGGUCCGAGGGGAGAAGUGUGAAAUGAAGCUGCACGGUGCACACAAGAAUCUCUUCCGGCUCUUCCUGCGCCAUGGCUCACAGGGUGCCCAGGGCCCCCAGGCCGAGUUCCUCUUCAGCACCGAGACCCAGAGUGAGAAGCUGCGGUGGAUCUCGGCCCUGGCCUCGCCGCGAGAGGAGCUGGACCUGCUGGAGUGUCACGACUCCCCCCAGGUGCAGUGUCUGCGCACCUACAAGGCCCGGGAGAACGAUGAGCUGGCGCUGGAGAAGGCCGACGUGGUGAUGGUGACGCAGCAGAGCAGUGAUGGCUGGCUGGAGGGUGUCCGGCUGUCAGACGGGGAGCGGGGCUGGUUCCCACUGAAGCAGGUUGACUUCAUCCGGAGCCCCGAGGUCCGAGCCCGGAACCUGCAGGAAGCACAUCGAGUCAAGAUUGCCCGGCUGCAGCUGGUGGAGUAGACCUAAUGUGGCAGUCAGUGCCCAGAUCCAGCGUACCAGGCCUGCCUCUCCUGGCCCAACCAGCCCACCAGCCUGCCACCUCUCUGUGCCCGUACCUCGCCUGCCAGACCCUGCCACACCUAGUGUGCCGGCAUGCCUGGGGUGGUCAGUGCCCAGACCCAGGCUGCCAGGCCACCUCCUCUCUUUGCCGGGUUCCAUCCUGCCAGGUCUUGCUACUCUGUGCCUGUACCCCACCUGCCUCUCUGUGCCCAGUGCUGGGAACUUUACAUGGGACUCCGGGACCCCUUAUGGCAGGAAAUGGACUGGGGAGGGGUGCUGAACUGAGGAAGGGCUCCUCUACUGUCCUCGCUGUACUGAAGGGACGGUGUCUUCCCCAAAGCGUGGGGAUAGCUGUGUGUGGGAUGUGGUCUGACCUCAAGCUGAGAGGUGAGGGCAUCUGUAAUAGUCUGUGUGUGGUUGGAGCUCUUAGCGGGGGUACAGGGUUGCCUUGUCCUAAGAAAUAUGGCACUUCUGUGUGUGCUUCCUUCUGACCCCACAGCCCUGAGUGGGAGCAGCCCCUGGGCCCUCUGAGCUCCGGGCUCUGGAGGUCUGGCUUUGAAUCCUGAGCAUUGGAGCAGCAUCUCCCUGCACUGUGGCCUCAGGGCCUGUGGGUCUUUUCUCUCCAGGCUGAGCCCAGGCGACCACCAAGGCCCCACUGAGCUCCAAGGGCAGCCUCGCCGUAGGGACAGGCUCUAGGCCCUCCUCACCGCCCAGCCGUGGGCUCCCACCAACCUGCAUUAGAAACUGCCCUGGUGGUCAGAAAGACUCCCACACCUGCUGUCCCCUUGGGUGUCUGUCAAUCGCUGCACUCCCUGAGGGUCCCGGGGACUGGGGUUGCUGAUGUAGCUCACUAAAGUGCCUGUGAGAAGGCUUGAACUUCCCACCCUUGGGUUGACAGCAAGCUUCAGCUGUCACCCGGGUACCCAGUGUUCCAUGGCUCUGGGCGAGGGCAUGUCCCUGGAUGCCCGCUGCAGGGGAGGGGGUUCCUGGAUGUGGCACUUUUGUCCAGAGUGUGGUAACUCCCACCCAGUCACACAAAUGAGCUGCAGAGAACUGGGCCAACUGGGCCACUGGGUCAUUCCACUGGGCAUCAAAUGAGCCAUCAGAGAAGCGGGGACAGAGGCUGCCACAGCCAUCAGGAGAGAAGGGCCAGGAGUCUGAGAGUCCUGAGUGCUGGAUGGACAUGGUGGUGGCCCUGGAGGCCACAGCAUGGGGGCUGUGGGGCGGGGCAGUGGCAGGAGUAGUAAGGCCCAUGACCUUUGGGCGGCAGACUGCCUCUCAGAACAGGCCUCCCUUUGGACAUCUGUCCUUUGGAAAGGGGGCUUUGGGACACUGGCUUGAGCAAGGGGGAGGCGGAGGACUGUGCUUCCAAGAGGCAGGGUCCCACAGAGAGAUGUGGCUGCCAGCGCGGCGGAGAAGAGAUGCCGCAGACAGAAGCUCUGUGCUUAUUGUUGUUCGAUCCUGACUUGUAACCUGUUAACUCGCCCGAAUAAACGCCGUGCGCAUGAGAACUGCC